GGUUUGCAACGCGGAAGUUGUAUAACAGUGUAGUUAUGAACACGGUCGCAGCAUAUGUUAAUGUUAAUCUCCAUAUAACACUUUGACCUCCAGUUUACAACAGCAACAACAAAAUGGUCAAUAUCGGUCUCACCAAAGUGGACGACGCGCUGGCAGCUAAACAUCCGGGCUUACAGAGUUAUGCUGCCUGUCAGUCUCGUGCCUUCAUGAUGGGGACUGGGACCUUUAUACUUGGCGCCGGUAGUUUAUUUGCUCUUCAGAAGGUUCUCCAGAAGAAGCUUCCUUAUCCUCUUCAAUGGAACCUUCUCAUUUCAAUCGUUGCGUCAUCAGUGGGAAGUUAUGCAGUGACUCGCUGGGAAACGCAGAAAUGCUCAGACCUUUGGAUAUUGCUGGAAACAGGCAGAGUCCCGGACAGAUCGCCGGCGCAGGUGUCCAACCCAGAGGUAGCAGAAGGAAUUGAGAAGACAAAAUAUGGCGACGUGAUGGAAUGAACAUAGUUUGAAACAAACUUGUGUAGCUACUGUAUAUAAUGACACCUUUUGAGAAAAUGCUCUAUAUGCUCUAUAUUAAUCAAUAUUAAUAUUCAGAUGAUGUAUUGACUAAGAGAUUGCUGGAUUUGAGAUACAUUCAGUAUAUAAUUGCAUUUCAGCGUUUUUCUUUUCCAACCUCCAUUUCUGCAAUACACCACAUGAAUUAAGUCUUUUUUUUUUUUUCCAUUUCAGAGUUUGAGGAGCUUUUGAAUUUCAUAACAGCAUUACUGUGUGGAUAAACAGACGAGUUUACCAAAUCAGGGGUCAGGAAUUAGUUUGUUUUUUAGGAGGACUCAGAUGUUAAGCUUGUGAUCCGGUAUUAUUAUUUGUACGUGUUUGUUUGACAUGCAACUGAAAUAACGCUGCUGUACCAAAACCAGCCACUAGUUGUCACUGUAGACCUCAUGGGAUAUGCAGAGCUGUGGUUACUGGUGGGUAGACCAAACCAGUUAAGCGUAUUAUCUAAAUUACACAUUGAUCAUUUUAAUUAUGUUUGCAUUGGACUACAGAGAGCAAAUCAUCAUGUAAUGACUCAACAUUUUCCAUACAUACACAUUUAUCUCAUAUUUUAGUGAUCUGAUCAAAUGCUUCGGGUGCUCAGUAAUCCACAUUCAGGUUCAGUCUUCAGUGCUGUGAUGCUGAAAAUAAUCGUGCAAUAUCUCAGGAUAACAUUCCGUAUUUGCAGUUUUUAUAAUGAUUGUCACUUUAUUUAGGCAAAUGUAAGAACUGAGAGGAGGAAAGAAUGACUGAGGAGUAAAUGUGACAUUUCAA